AUGACAGCUACAGGUUGUUAUCAGUUCCGUGUUACACGUAAUGCAGAUUUGGCACUGAAUGAAGAUGUAGAAGACUUAGCCAAAGCAUUGAAAGAAGCGGCACGUAAUGGUAAAGAAGUCACUGCUGUGAUUGAGUUAAGGGCGCGUUUUGAUGAAGAAUCGAAUAUCGCCGUUGCCAAUGUAUUACAAGAAGCAGGCGCUGUUGUAGUUUAUGGCAUCGUGGGCUAUAAAACGCAUGCCAAAAUGAUCUUGGUGAUAAAGAGCUCUGCGAAGAUGUACAUCGUAUUUUCCAAGAAUUGA